UAAAAGCUUUGGUCGAAAAUCGAGUUGGGAGAGAAGGAGAAUGACGACGACAGAGGAGAACAUUCCCGGGGAGGAGUAUGUUUCGACGGAGGAGUACGCAAGAGUGCGUGAUAAUUACUGGCGUGUUGUGGAAGAAUCUGAAGGUUUUGAUCUCGAGGAUGUUUCAAUUCCAUCAUAUAUGUGUGGAACACCAAUUCUUGUAUGAGGACUUUCCAAGGCCAUAAUGGUCGUUAUCCUUACGGUGAUUUGGUGAAGGGUUAUUGUAUGGCGGGACUGCAGCGUUAUAAUAUGACACAGGGGACAAACUACAAGCUGUCUUCCCUAAUCAAAUUCAACGUGACGCUUAACUGUGUGAGCUCGUACUACCUGACCCUGUUAGCACAAGAUCCAGAUGUUAGCCCAUCGGUUAAGACCUUUCAGGUUCGGAUUGACGAAAAAUCUUUUGGGCGUUUGGAUUUUACUUGUUCUGUUGCUAGAAUCAAAGAAGAAGCUAAAGGUGAAGUUGACUCAGCCAAAGAGCCAUUCGCACCACACUAUCAUGGUGGUCCAGAGGCCACCGUUCCUUUCGUUGGUGAAUUGCCUCGCUGGCCAUCCGAGGCUGAUUUGGGUGAUGGAAAACGAUUUUACAUGGUCUCAAGAGGAACAAACCCGCUCUCGACAGCGUCGUGGUCGUGGUGGUACGGGGAGCGGCUCCAUUUCGGGUUCCGCAUCGCCCCACAGCUCCUACCAUACAUCUCCCUCUCCAUUUCCCUCUCAUUCUCCUCCCGCUCCCGGUGUGGCACCCACUCCUGCUCCUGCUCCUGCUCAUCCGGCAAUUCUGAGAGUUGCAGAGUUUGUUCGACAGCCGGGUCGUGACCAUCUUCCAUAUCUCACUCAGUAUCUAUGUGGACGGGGUCAGACAUGGUUCGACCGAUCCGGGAAUGGGAUCAGAGGAUGGAUCAACCGUAUGAUGUACUCGGCCCUCGACAAUGGACAUCCGACUUUCACCGACUUCCCUCUCGAGAAGCAGCAUAUGUGGUUUCAACAGUUUGCGCAAGAAUUCAACUGGAAUACCGAUGAUACGUUGUUUAUCUAUUACCACUUCGUCCAUAAAGUUAUGGACAACUAUGGGAAGCAGAUCCACACGUGGAAGAAGAAGUGGGAAAUAAACAAGAUUCCAAAGGGGAUGGACCCCGACGUCUGGCGGGAGUUGGGUGUGCAUUGGAGUAAAAACGAAGUGAGAGCAACUUCUUCCACCAACUCCACCAACCGCAAGAGCGACCGUAAGGGGAAGGGCAUGUACAUCCAUAACUUGGGUGCUCAAUCUUUAGCCAGUCUGGGGAUCGCUUGGCGGAAGAAAAUGAGGGGGAGCCGGUUGAUCAUCUCACUCUAAUAAAGACGGCGUAUACCAACAAGAAGACCGGCGAGAUUGAUGAUGGUGUUGUGAGGGAUGUGGUCACCCUCAUCGACAGUCAGAUGGAAGAGGAAGUGUCUCAGCUUCAAACCAAGGAUGACGAUUCGACGGGAUCGACCGGCUUGCCUCGGGUUCGGAUCAACCAAAUCGUUGAAGCGUCGGUUCCAAAGAAGAAGGGCCGUUUGUUCGGUUUGGCUCGUCGGUCCAACUCGGUUCCGUCUGCUUCUGCACCACCGUCCUUUGUUGAUCAAGAAGUCCUUAUGAGUCAGAUGAGGGACAAGGAUGCUCGCAUAUCUGCGUUGGAGUCCAUGGUGGCGAGUCAAGAGGCGGGCUGGGAGGCACAGAGGAAGCUGAACGAGCAAAUGAUGGCGAUGAUGAGGAGCAUGAACCCGAACGCCAACGUGGAGCUCCCGACCAUGCCAGACCCGAACGUCCAAAACCCGUGAAUCGAUCAGAGUUGGAAGCCAAUUAUUGGAUUUUGACGUAUUUGGUACUUGUCAUUUACUCACAUGAUAAGCGUAUCCUAACGAGGGACCGUCACUAUCAGUCCAAGUUAGAGAUUAUUAAUGUGGUCAUAGAAACUAGAGCUGAUGAUUCGGUCCCGUCAAAAGAUAGACUCAAGGCCAAAAGUGCACACGUUUACAUAACCUUCAAGGGCUUGUCUGAGCCUCAUGCUCCUCGACAUAGUUUUAAAGUUGGUCUACAUCUUGAGCGGAGAGCUAUAGUUAGAAGAGUCAUCUGUGAGAGCACAGGAGCGAUGAGCCUUUUGGGUAAGCUUUGUGAUGGUAAAUUUACUGGAAAGCAGCGUUCUGUGACAAGCGGGAGUGGAGAUGAAGCCCAGAGUUCUAAAAAAGCUCGGACUCAGCCGUCGUUCUUAGGCUAUGACAGGUCCAUUUAACAAUGUAGAUCAGAUUAACAAACUGGGCUAUUUUAUGCGUCUGGUGGUUGUGUGUUUUUUCUUUUCCAGUCAAACUGGCAAUAUCGAGUUUUCUACCAACCUCCAAAGCCAUGUUCUCAUGUAAAAUCAUGUUUUUUGCCCGAACAUAUAGUUGUUCUAU